AUGGAAUCCGGGUUACUUCGAAGUUACCGCAUACCGCACACCAAUCUCCAGGAACACCACCUGCGAUUAACGUCCGAGAAAGGACCUGAAACUGUUGGGAGCCAGAGCAGAGAGUCCAAAGUCCCUAAGGAGGAUGGUUCCGACUGGGAGCUGCUAAACGUUUCCGGAAAAUAUUUUGAGCGAUUGCUAGGUCCAACCCUGCGGCUACAAUGGCAACAAACGCGGGAAGCGAUGAAACGGUUUCAGUUCUUUGACAACUGGACUGAUCUGCAGGUGAGUGAAAUGUGCAUCCUAGCCAAGAUAAAGAGCUACGAGCGCCAGCAGAAUAUCUACAUGCCGAAAGCGUGCGCAGGCAACGAUUACGCGUACUUCGUCCUCAGCGGUGAGUGCAUGAUUCUGCAGUGUCUGAAGGUGUUGAAGAAGAAGCGCGGGAAGCGAGUUUGCUACCGACUUCUACCAGCCGAGACAGUAAACUACGAAAUCGGUUUUGCAAAACGAUCUAAAGAGCGGGAAAAGCGAGAGGAGGAGGAUAAGCUGAAGGAGCAAGAAGAACAAAAGAAGGAAGAGGGAAAAGACAUACAAGACAAAAAGGAAGAGAAGCAGAAGAAGCAAAAACACCAGGAGAAACAAAAGAAGGCGGGAGAACAAGAAGAGCAAGAGGGGCAAAAUGACCAAGAAGAAUCAGAGGAGCAAAAGGAACAAAAUGAGCAAGAUGAGCAAGAGGGGCAAAACGAGCAGGAGAAUCGGGGACAGGUCCAAGAUCCGUCGGCGGAAUUGGAGCAUCACUUUAUCGAUGUUGGAACCUACGGUUGUGGGUCAGUGUUCGGACUGGGUGAACGCCUAGACGAUCGAUCGGUGGUAGCUCGAGAGCGGGUCCACUGUAUGCUGGUUCCUCGCUAUUGGCUUUUCAUGAGCGAGCAGAACGUGGGCAACGUCUGGGCACGGAUUAAGAUGUACCUGGACUCGACGAUUCCCAGCCGGGAGCAGCUGUUCAAGCAGUUCCUGGGAGAUCUGAAUUGGGUGGUAUACCGGAAGAAGGUGGUUGCGGAUCUACUGCAGAGCCAGCGCCGACCGAAUCAUACCCAUUUGCUCGAUGUACCGCUCAUAUGCCGGGUGAAAGAGACCAUGGACAAAUGGAAGUGA